AUGAGUGUCCAGAAAGUUCGGGCCCUGGCAGCAGAGAUGAGUGUCCAGAGAGUUCGGGCCCUGGUGGCAGAGAUGAGUGUCCAGAAAUAUGCAGCUAAUCUAUCUAUCUAUAUCUAUCUAUCUAUCUAUCUAUCUCUCUCUCUCUCUCUCUCUAUAUAUAUAUAUAUAUAUAUAUAUCUACUCACUGGUAUUCCACACUCGUCACCUCCCUCCAUUCAUUCGUUACUUUCUUAUUUCCAUUCGCUAAAAUCGAUUGAUCAUUCCUGCCUGCUAUCGAUCAGCAGACGCGUUUGUCGUUCAAUGGAAAUCCUUGUCGGUAUUAACCCCGACCUUGACGCCGGUCAACGCCCUCUCCUUUCCCUCUUACCGUUGCGCGCACGCGGCUCAUUUUCCGUGCUAGUUGACGAAAGUAAUGUCGCCUUCGCCGUCACACCAAAUUUCUUUCCCCCUAUCUCUUUCCACUUCUCUCUCUUUCCACCUUCCUUUUUUCCACCUUUCUCUUUCCACAUCUCUUUUUCUACCUCUCUCUCUCUUUCUACCUCUCUCUCUUUCGACCUCUCUCUCUUUCCCUUUUCACUUUUAUCUUUCCACAUUUCUGUCUUCUGUCUUUCUUUCUUUCUUUGUUGCCUUUCCUAUUCUUUUUUUAUUUCUUUUCAUGGUCUUCUUUCUUUCUUUCUUUCUUUCUUUCUUUCUUUCUUUCUUUUGUUCUUUCCUACUCCUUCUCAUUUCUUUCCAAAGGUCUACUUUCUGUCUUUUAUAUUUCUUUCCAAGUUCUUCUGUCUUCCCUUUCUUUCUUUCUUUCUUUCUUUCUUUCUUUCUUUCUUUCUAUGUGGCCUUUCCUAUCCCUUCUUAUUUUUUUCCAAGAUCAUCUUUCUUUCUUCAUUUAUUUAUUUCGAUUCUUUAUUUAUCUUUCUUUCUUUCUUUUUUCUUUCUAUCUUUCUUUCUUUUUUUCCUAUUCCUUCUCAUUUCUUUCCAAAGGUCUACUUUCUGUCUUUUAUCUUUCUUUCCAAGUUCUUCUGUCUUCCCUUUCUUUCUUUCUUUCUUUUUUUCUUUCUUUCUUUCUUUCUUUCUAUGUGGCCUUUCCUAUCCCUUCAUAUUUUUUCCAAGAUCAUCUUCCUUUCUUCAUUUAUUUAUUUCGAUUCUUUAUUUAUCUUUCUUUCUUUCUUUCUUUCUUCUUUCUUUCUUUCUUUCUUUCUUUUUCUUUUUUUUUGCCUUUUCUGUUUUUUUUUAUAUCUUUUCAUGGUCUUCUUUCUUUCUUUCUUUCUUAUUCCUUCACAUUUCUUUUCAUAG